ACAGAACUUGGAGCUGUUAUUGUACAAUUAAUUUAAUUAAUUAUUUUAAUUAAUUUAAAAGUUACUUUAUAAUUACUUAAAACAAGAAAAUAAAAAUAAUAAUAAUAAUAAACUGAACAAACAUUAACAUCGGCAUGCUAUUUGUCCCUAUUGCAUAAAACACUGAAGGUUAAAUAAAAGUGUCACUGUUUUUAAAUAAAGGAAAUCAUGAAAAGUCAAUGUCAUAACUUUAUUAUUUACUGUAGUGUUUCAAAUUCAUUUCUCUUUAUGAUACUUUACGCUUUACAGUAAUGUCUUAGCCCGGUUAUUAUUUCAUAGCCUACUCGAAUUUGGGUAAUGCCCUGAAUUUCUGGAUUCAAGCUGUCCAGAGGUUAGAGGGCAGGAACAGACUCCCAGUAAACACAUUAGUCAGUCAUUAACACAAUUUAAACAGAACAUCCACCAUCCCUGCUCUUUAUUUUUCAACAUUGACCAUGGCGAGGACGCCUUUCCUCUGCUUUGCGUUGAUUUUCCUCUGGGCUGCUUCUGCUGUCUGUAUGUCAGUUUUUUACAGCAGCCCAAAGGCACACAUGCUCCUGCGCUCCAGAAGGGCCAAUUCCAUUCUGGAGGAACUGAGGUCUCCAUCUUUGGAGCGAGAGUGUAUUGAAGAGCGGUGUGACUUUCAGGAAGCUAAGGAAAUCAUCAAGAGCAAAGAGGCCACGUUAGAGUUCUGGACGGUGUAUGCAGAUGGGAACCAGUGUGUCCCGAAUGCCUGCAAGAACGGAUUUUGUGUGGAUCAGUUCCGGUCCUACAUUUGCUCCUGCAACCCUGGUUUUGAAGGAAAAUACUGUCAUCUAUUCAGCACACACACCAACUGCUCAGUGGACAACGGAGGCUGUGAUCACAACUGCCACGAGACGAAAGACAAGACAGGACGUUACUGCAGGUGUAUUAAGGGAUACAAACUCCAUGAAGACUCCAAACAGUGUGUUCCAAAAAAUCAGCGGUCUUGCGGACAGAUUUUGAUCGCUAGGUCAUUCUACUCAACAAAGCACUUUGAAGGUCUACAACCUUGGCUCUUUGGUGGUGAAGUUGGCAAAAGGGGAGAGAGUCCUUGGCAGGCUCUUAUCUUGAAUUCCAACGGAAAAUUUCAGUGUAGCGGUGUCUUGAUUGAUGAAGUCUGGGUUCUUACUGCUGCUCACUGUCUUGAGAAAUUCAGCCGCUUCAGUGUCAGACUAGGUGACUACAAACGUUUCAAGUUCGAAGAAUCCGAGGUCACCCUUCCUGUGGUGAAAAUUGUCCCCCACCCAAAAUACAAUAGCCUAACGGUGGACAACGACAUAGCUCUGCUGCGUUUGUCAUCGCCCGUAACAUUCAGCAGGUACAUCGUCCCUGCCUGUCUGCCGAGUCAAGACCUGGCCGAGCGUGUGCUCCACCUCAACGGCACCACGAUGGUGGUGACAGGCUGGGGCAUGGAUAAAGAAGGGACAGCGCCAUACAGCUCGGAUCUCAAACACAUCAGCGUGCCACUGGUGGAGCAAUCCGAGUGUGCACGCCACAUGGUCACCAACCUGACGGAGAACAUGCUGUGUGCCGGCAGCAUUGGGAGCAUCAAGGACGCAUGCGACGGUGACAGUGGCGGCCCCAUGAUGACGCUAUAUCGCAACACGUGGUUCCUCAUCGGCCUCGUAUCCGCGGGCGAGGGCUGUGGCCACACGGACAAACUGGGCAUCUACACCAAAGUCUCCAAUUACCUGGAGUGGAUUAAUAGUGUGAAAAAGCAGCUGUGAUCGAUUCUUGUUGCUUCAGAUCUGUUCUGCCUAUCAUUCCAGAUUCAGUUAGGUCUUUUAUUUUAGUAGAGGCUCUUCUUUUUACUAAAAACAAGUCCCCAAACUUUAAAAUCAAAUCAAUAUCAUCUUUACUGUGCACAAAGUUAAUUAAAGUUAAAUUUUACCAAUCCACUAUUAUCAUAAAGUCCAGUUGGAUAGAUAGGAAAACUUGUUAAGUGGCUGCUAAAAAGCCCUAAUUAGACUUGUAGACAGUGCUAGCUCAGUUAGGGCAGUGCUAGCUCAGUGGUUAAGCUCUUGGACUGCUGAUUGGAAGGUUGUGAUUUCAAAAUCCAGCACUGCCACUGUUAGGCCCUUGAGCAAGGCCCUUAACCCUCAACUGCUCAGUUGUGUAAAUGAGAUAAAUGUAAGUUACCCUGGAUAAGGGUUUCUGCCAAAUGCUGUAAAUGUUGUAAAGCCUUCUCACCUUACUUAGUCAACUCAUGCACGAAUAUCCACUUCCAGAUUCAUGAAAAUGAUCUAAACUUUUUAUGGGCCUUAUUCAAAUUUCUGCAUAUUAGCAGGAAAAAGGAAAUAAGGCCACUUCUUAUUCACAUAUGCCACAAUAUAAUUUUAGUUUACUAUUAAAGAAAUAAAUGAAUUAACAGUUGUAUUAUUAUAUAAGUUCUUUAAUAUUUUAACAAUAGAUGCUACCAAAUAAAUAAAAAUGAUCACACGACUGUGUGAUUCAAUCAUCCAGAUUCGUAGGCAAAACAAAUGAGAGAAACUCGUCCCUACUGUGUUAAUUUAAUCGCUGUCUGUAAGCGGGAAGUUUAUCACAGAGGAGAUGGGCAAAAAUGUUAUUACCGACGUCACCCCAUGAAACUAAUCGCAUCCAAAUAGGGCAUAAGACAAAUAAAUAUCAUAUGCUACAAGUGCGUAAUUCAAGAGAUGAAGAUUUCACCCUUUGCCAAUUAGCGCUACAUUCUUUAAAAUUCAUAGACAUGUCUCAUUUCUACUUAUUACUUAAUUUGUUUUGCUUUAGAGAUUUUAAAAUGAACUCAUUGCUUGACAUUGAACCAGAGAUGUUAAUAGGAUGUUUAUAAAGCUUCUGUGUAGAAUGAUCUUGUACUGUGACUUUCACAAAUCACUAACACUGGCGACUCCUUCCAAAAUUGUUCAAUAAACAUCUCCUUAGAGAAAAUUCCAAAGUA